GUUACCUCAAGAAGUGAGAUUUACAAUUGUAUAUAUCUAUAAAUGUUCUAUUAAUAAAGUUUUCAUUAUUAUUAUUAUUAUUAUUAUUAUUAUUAUUAUUAUUAUUAUUAUUAUUAUUAUUAUUAUUAUUAUUAUUAUUAUUAUUAUUAUUAUUAUUAUUAUUAUUAUUAUUAUUAUUAUUAUUAUUAUUAUUAUUAUUAUCCUUUAAGCAAUCAUCGACAAGACUGUGUGAAGCUAUAGCCAGAAUGACCAAGACUUUGUGCACACAAUAUAUCGAUCCUACCACUAUUGAAGCAUUGAUUGCUAGUCGUUUAAUUCCCCUAGACAAAGGCGAAGGUGCGGUAAGACCUAUCGGAGUAGGAGAGGUAAUAAGGAGGAUAAGUGCAAAAUGUGUUAUAUGAGCUUGGCAAAGAAGGAUGUUGUGGAAGCAAGUGGAUCGUUACAAUUAUGCGCUGGGCAAAAGUCUGGAAGUGAGGCUGCAAUACAUGCAAUGAACACCCUGUUUGAAGCUGAUGACAUUGAUGCUGUUUUACUUAUCGAUGCUUCCAAUGCAUUCAAUGCACUUAACAGAACUGUGGCUCUGCAUAACAUCCGUGUGUUAUGUCCGAUAAUCGCUGCCUACGCUAUAAACACCUACAGACAGCCAGCUCGGCUGUUUAUUGUUGGCGGCAAAGAGAUUGCGUCAGCAGAAGGAACUACACAAGGAGAUCCUUUGGCAAUGGCCUUUUAUGCGAUAAGUACCCUGCCUUUGAUCACGAGUCUACAGGCCGCAUCUACCGUGAAGCAGUGUUGGUUCGCAGACGAUGCGAGUGGAGCUGGUCGUGUGACACAAAUCAAAGAUUGGUGGGAUGCAUUGAAUACUCUUGGUCCAAACUUGGGAUAUUUUCCGAAAGACGAAAAAUGCUGGAUUAUUGUUAAGCCCGAAAAGGAAGAAAGUGUGAGAGAAGUCUUCCACGGAACGGAUAUCAAUGUAACAGUGCAUGGGCAGAAACAUCUGGGAGCAGCGCUAGGUUCACGAGAGUAUCUGGAGGAAUAUGUUAAUGAGAAGGUCUCUAAUUGGGUCAACGAAGUGACAGAAUUAGCCGAAUUUGCACUGUCCCAACCACAAGCGUCCUAUGCCGCAUACACAUUUGGUUUGAAACAUCGUUGGACCUACUUCCUAAGAACCCUGCCAGACAUCCAGGACCUACUAGAGCCACUCGAAAAGGCAAUAUCGCAGAUUCUCAUCCCCGCUAUCACAGAUCACCAGUGCAAUCCACUCGAUCGGGACAUUCUAGCACUUCCAGCACGUCUGGGUGGCCUGGGCUUGGAAAAUCCAAGUCAUGAGGCAGAACGUCAGUAUGUGUCGUCAAAAAGAGUGACAGCACCCCUUGUUGAUCAGAUUGUAGCGCAGUUACAUCAGCUACCCGACGAGUCGCAUAUAAAAUCAGCGCAACAAGCCGUUAGAAAAGAAAGAGUGCAAGAGUGGGAGGAGAGGGCAGAACGUAUUACAGAGAAUGCACCACCAAGAAUUCAGCGUAUAUUAGAUGUGGCUUCGGAAAAAGGAUCAUCUGUGUGGCUCACAGCACUUUCCCUAAAAGAACAGGGAUUCAACUUGAAUAAGAGAGAAUUUCGGGACGCCGUAAAGCUGCGCUAUGAUUGGCCAAUCGACGACAUCCCCUCCAUAUGUGUAUGUGGGGAUACCUUCACGGUUGACCAUGCCAUGAUCUGCAAACGUGGAGGCUUUGUAAUUAUGCGCCACAAUGAGUUAAGAGAUCUGGAAGCGGAACUCCUCAACAUUGUCUGUAGUGAAGUCCAAGUUGAGCCUGUCCUACAGGACAUCUCGGGAGAGCAACUAAAUGGAGGCUCCAACAGAGCACCUGAUGCUAGACUCGACAUUCGUGGGCGUGGGUUCUGGGAAAGUCAACGAUCAGCUUUUUUUGAUGUAAGGGUUUGUCAUCCCAAUGCUGAUUCAUACAAGGGUCUGGGCCAAGUCUACAAGAUACACGAAAACGAGAAGAAGCGCCUAUAUGCAAGGAGAGUCCUCGAAAUAGAGCAAGGAACAUUUACGCCACUCGUAUUCACCACCACAGGCGGUAUGGGCAAAGAAUGUGUGAGAUACCAUAGUCGAUUAGCAGAGUUGGUAGCCAUAAAGAAAGGAGAAGAUUAUGCGACAACUAUGAGUUGGAUAAGAGCCAGAACCUCAUUCGUUUUAUUGAGAUCGGCACUUACCUGCUUGAGGGGUUCAAGGGCAAGGAAAAUCAUGUAUGAUAUUAGGAACAUUGAUUUUAACAUUGAGAACGCCGAGAGUGCUAUCUCUCAAACAAUUUAGAUUGUACAAUAUACAAAGUUUGAUUGUUUAGUUAUUUAGCGGAAUAUGUUAGUUUAGUUAUUUAGCUACUUAGCGGUAAAUAUUUUAAUUAUGUCGCGGUAUAUGUUCCAGAGUUUGUUUUUAAAAUUUAACUGUACAUAUCAACAAACAUUUAGACACUUUUUUAAUUAUACCCAAAGAACAGAUUAUAUAAUAUAGUCAUUGAUAACAAAAGCAUUGUUGUAUAUAAUGAAAUGAUGAAUAAAGUUGUAAUUAUUAUUAUUAUUAUUAUUAUUAUUAUUAUUAUUAUUAUUAUUAUUAUUAUUAUUAUUAUUAUUAUUAUUAUUAUUAUUAUUAUUAUUAUUAUUAUUAUUAUUAUUAUUAUGAGACAAACCACUGGUUAUGAGACAAACCUCAAAAACAACGUAAAACGGAAGAAGGAUAAAUAUAGAGAAUUAUUGAGACAGCUAGGUAAAAAUUUUAACCAAGUUAAAUUUAUAAAUCUCUCCAUCAGCUCUUUAGGUAUUUUUGCAGAAGAAUGUUAUACAUUUUUAGACAUGUUAGAUAGUAUUGGUCUUGACAAAAACCACCAAAUGUACUGCGUUAGGAAAAUGAUGACUAUUGCUAUUAGAACUACAUAUUACAUUUUUUAUUGCCGAAAUAAGGAAUGGGAAAAUCCGGAUUUACUAACAAUUUGACUUAUCUCAUUGUAUAUAUAUAUAUAUUGCAUGCACUUUGUUCUGUUAUUUUAGUUUAGUAUAAUUGUGAUUCAAAUAGCCAACCGUAAGUUACCUUUAUGAGAGAGAUUUACGAUUGUAUAUGUAUGUAAAGAAAAACAUUUAAUAAAGUUUCCAUUAUUAUUAUUAUUAUUAUUAUUAUUAUUAUUAUUAUUAUUAUUAUUAUUAUUAUUAUUAUUCAGUACGACAUAUAUAAUUCAACAAAGGAAGUUCUCAAGGAUUUUCAUUCUGGACAAGAAGAUAAGCUUCAACACCGUCUAAUUUGUCAAGGUUCAUUUUUCUCGAAUGUUGCAAAGUUUUCCUUUUCACAGUUAAACACACUUUGGUCUGCCGCUCAAUCAAAACUGCCAAAGAACAUUUUCAACUUCACCGUCCGUUACAUAAAUAACUCUCUUCCUACGCGAAAAAACCUUACAAGAUGUGGUUUAGCUUCAAGUCCCGAAUGUUCCUUUUGUUUGUGCCCUGAAACCCUACUACACGUGGUAGCCGGCUGCCAAUCGUACCUUCAGCGCUUUACUUGGAGACAUGAUUCUAUUUUAAACUUUCUCGCUGAAACGUUUCAAACAACAAAUCCAUGUCAACUUUAUGCUGACCUAUCCGGCCACAAAAGCCCGUCAAUUAUAACUGGUGACCUAUAUCGACCGGACUUACUCCUAAUUACCCCAAAUGAAGAUCUUUAUGUCGUUGAACUUACUGUCGGGUUUGAAUCUAAUCUACAUAAUAACGUUGAACGCAAAAAAGCUAAAUAUAAAGAUCUAAUUGAAGAUCAAAGGGGUCACUUUAAUUCUGUUAAAUUUGUGAACUUACUCAAUGAGCUCUCUCGGUGUGUUUGACAAAGAAUGCUUCACCUUUUUAGAAUU